GCUCGCGCUUCCUGGCGCUCGGGCUCUCCGGAGGCUGAAGUUCUGCACAACUUCUCCCCGCUGCCCAACGCCUCGACCGCGGGCCCGGCCAGCUAGCAGCGCUCCUCGGCUCUGCCGUCUCGUCCACAGGGCAGGUCCUCGUGGAGCAUCUGGUGCCAAGUGGCCGCUAGCGGUCCCUCUCUGCGCCCCACCUCUCUGAUCGCCCCGGUCCCCUCGCGCGGGACGGCUGUGCUCAGGUUCUUGGCCCUUUCUCCUCCCCGGUGCGCCAGGCGCGGCGGCCGCUGCGUAACCCUCCCUGCGCCCCACCUCUGCCAGCUCCUGGAAGCCAGCGGUGGGGACCCAGACUCCCUGAUGGUCAGCGUGCGGCACCCGGGUCACUCCCGGGCCAUGUAAGCAGCUGUCCUGCAGAGAGCCUGGUGGGCAUGGACACCUUUUUCCGUACCUUAGUGUGACCGCCCCAACACAAACCUACUAAGGCCAUCUCAGGGGUGCCUGUGCCAGGAGAGGAGGGCGGAGUCCCUGGGGCUGCAGAGCCAUGCCUUUCGGCCUGAAGCUCCGCAGGACUCGACGCUACAAUGUCCUGAGCAAGAACUGCUUUGUCACCCGGAUCCGCCUGCUGGACAGCAAUGUCAUCGAGUGCACGCUGUCGGUGGAAAGCACGGGGCAAGAGUGCCUUGAGGCCGUGGCCCAGAGGCUGGAGCUGAGGGAGACACACUACUUCGGCCUUUGGUUUCUCAGCAAGAGCCAGCAGGCAAGAUGGGUGGAGCUGGAGAAGCCACUGAAGAAACAUCUGGACAAGUUUGCUAAUGAACCUCUGCUUUUCUUUGGAGUCAUGUUCUAUGUGCCAAAUGUGUCACGGCUCCAGCAGGAGGCCACAAGAUAUCAGUAUUACCUGCAAGUCAAAAAAGAUGUGCUUGAAGGACGUUUGCGGUGCUCCCUGGAACAAGUGAUCCGGCUAGCUGGCUUAGCUGUGCAAGCUGACUUCGGAGACUAUAACCAGUUUGAUUCCCAAGAAUUCCUCCGAGAGUAUGUGCUCUUUCCUAUGGAUUUGGCCAUGGAGGAGGCUGCUCUGGAGGAGCUGACCCAGAAGGUGGCCCAGGAGCACAAAGCCCACAGCGGGAUCCUGCCGGCAGAAGCUGAGCUGAUGUAUAUCAAUGAAGUUGAGCGUUUGGAUGGAUUUGGACAAGAGAUCUUCCCGGUGAAGGACAAUCAUGGCAACAGCAUGCACCUUGGCAUUUUCUUUAUGGGGAUAUUUGUGAGGAACAGGAUCGGAAGACAGGCAGUAAUAUACAGGUGGAAUGACAUUGGGAGCAUUACCCACAGCAAAGCAGCCAUCCUGCUGGAGCUGAUUGACAAGGAGGAGACCGCGCUCUUCCACACAGACGAUAUUGAAAAUGCCAAGUACAUUUCUCGGUUGUUUACCACACGGCACAAAUUUUACAAACAGAACAAGAUCUGCACUGAACAGUCAAAUUCUCCACCCCCAAUCAGACGCCAGCCCACCUGGAGCCGGUCCUCACUGCCAAGACAGCAGCCGUAUAUCCUGCCUCCCAUGCAUGUCCAGUGCAGUGAGCACUACUCGGAGACCCACACUUCCCAAGACAGCAUCUUCCCUGGGAACGAAGAAGGUUUGUACUGCCAUUCUCACAACAGCCUGGACCUAAAUUAUGUCAAUGGCACAGUCACGAAUGGCAGUGUGUGCAGUGUUCACAGUGUCAACUCCCUCAGCUGCUCCCAGAGCUUCAUCCAAGCGUCUCCAGUGUCCUCCAACCUCAGCAUCCCUGGGAGUGACAUCAUGAGGGCCGAUUACAUCCCCAGCCACCGCCACAGCGCCAUCAUCGUGCCGUCCUACAGGCCGACCCCAGAUUACGAGACAGUCAUGCGGCAGAUGAAGAGAGGACUGAUGCACGCAGACAGCCAGAGCCGGUCUCUGCGUAACCUCAAUAUCAUCAACACCCAUGCCUAUAACCAGUCCGAGGAACUGGUGUACAGCCAGCCAGAGAUGCGGGAGAGGCAUCCCUACACAGUCCCAUAUGCACCCCAGGGGGGCUACGGUCACAAACUUAUUAGUCCAUCUGACCAGAUGAACCCCCAAAAUUGCGCGAUGCCUAGCAAGCCAGGGGCCAGCUCCAUCUCACACACAGUGAGCACUCCGGAACUAGCCAACAUGCAGCUCCAAGGAGCACAACACUAUAACACAACCCACAUGCUCAAGAACUAUCUCUUCAGGCCACCACCCCCUUACCCUAGGCCCCGUCCUGCCACCAGCACCCCAGACCUCGCCAGCCACCGCCACAAGUAUGUCAGUGGCAGCAGCCCUGAUCUGGUAACUCGGAAAGUGCAGCUCUCUGUAAAGACCUUCCAGGAGGACAGCUCUCCUGUGGUCCAUCAGUCUCUGCAGGAAGUGAGUGAGCCCCUCACAGCCACCAAGCACCACGGUGGCGGUGGCGGCGGCACAGUGAAUAAACGUCACAGCCUUGAGGUGAUGAAUAGCAUGGUGCGAGGCAUGGAGGCCAUGACGCUGAAAUCACUCAAUAUCCCCAUGGCUCGCCGCAACACGCUUCGGGAGCAGGGCCCUUCCGAAGAGGUGGGUGGCCACGAAGUGCAUGGGCUCCCCCAGUAUCACCACAAGAAGACAUUCUCAGACGCCACCAUGCUGAUACACAGCAGCGAGAGCGAGGAGGAGGAGGAGGCCCCGGAGGCAGCACCUCAGAUUCCUGCUCUUCGAGAGAAAGUGGAAUACAGUGUUCAGCUGCAGGCUGCCCUGGCUCGCAUUCCCAACAGGCCCCCACCCGAGUACCCAGGGCCAAGAAAAAGUGUCAGUAAUGGCGCACUGAGACAGGACCAGGGGACCCCUGUUCCUGCCAUGGCCAGGGCCAGGGUACUGAGACACGGACCAGCCAAGGCCCUCAGUGUCUCCCGGGCUGAGCAGCUAGCUGUCAACGGGGCCUCUCUGGGUCCUUCCAUCUCUGAGCCUGACCUAACCAGCGUGAAGGAGCGGGUCAAGAAAGAGCCUGUGAAGGAAAGGCCGGUGUCAGAGAUGUUCUCCCUGGAGGACAGCAUUAUAGAGAGAGAAAUGAUGAUUAGGAAUCUAGAGAAGCAGAAGAUGACAGGCCUGCAGGCACAGAAGAGACCGCUGAUGUUGGCAGCGCUGAAUGGACUCUCAGUGGCCCGAGUCUCGGGGCGGGAAGACGGUCGCCAUGAUGCCACCCGCGUCCCCAUAGACGAGAGGCUCAGAGCCCUGAAGAAGAAGCUGGAAGAUGGAAUGGUGUUCACAGAGUAUGAACAGAUCCCAAACAAAAAGGCCAACGGCAUCUUCAGCACCGCCGCUCUGCCUGAAAACGCCGAGCGCAGCCGGAUCCGAGAAGUUGUUCCGUAUGAGGAGAAUCGAGUGGAGCUCAUCCCGACCAAAGAGAACAACACAGGCUACAUCAACGCCUCCCACAUCAAGGUGGCAGUUGGCGGAUCAGAAUGGCACUAUAUUGCCACCCAGGGGCCCUUGCCACAUACAUGCCAUGACUUCUGGCAGAUGGUGUGGGAGCAGGGGGUCAAUGUGAUUGCCAUGGUCACUGCAGAGGAGGAGGGUGGACGGACCAAAAGCCAUCGAUACUGGCCCAAGCUGGGGUCCAAGCACAGCUCAGCCACCUACGGCAAGUUCAAGGUCACCACGAAGUUCCGGACAGAUUCUGGUUGCUAUGCGACCACGGGCCUAAAGGUGAAGCACCUGCUUUCCGGGCAGGAGAGGACAGUGUGGCACUUGCAGUAUACUGACUGGCCCCACCAUGGCUGCCCAGAAGAUGUCCAAGGGUUUUUGUCCUACUUGGAGGAAAUCCAGUCAGUCAGACGCCACACCAACAGCGUGCUGGAAGGCAUCAAGACCAGGCACCCCCCCAUCGUGGUUCACUGCAGCGCAGGGGUGGGAAGGACCGGUGUGGUGAUUCUCUCUGAGCUCAUGAUCUACUGCCUAGAGCAUAAUGAAAAGGUGGAGGUGCCUACGAUGCUGCGGUUCCUCAGGGAGCAGAGGAUGUUCAUGAUCCAGACCAUUGCACAGUACAAGUUCGUCUACCAAGUCCUCGUCCAGUUCCUGCAGAAUUCCAGGCUCAUUUGAUCUCCGGGAUGCAGCUUCUGGAGGAGGGACCCAGCUCUGUCCUGCAGGGGGCGCCACUUCCAGACAACCUCUGCCUCCCCAGCCGGAGGUGGAUGGCUGGCAGCAGGCAGGAGCCAGAGUUACUUACAAACAUCAUGUAUUAUUUUAUAAGAGAUAAUUUAUUUUUUCCCCUUCUUUGGAAUAAGUUCUGUGAGAUAUUAUAAUGCAUUUUUUUUUCACAAUAAUAUAGUGCUUCUCAUUUGAACCACAUGUUGACUGAUCUGCAGUGUAAGCCUCCCGGUGGGAAGGUGGUGGCCCCAUGGGACAUUGUAGACACAGAGGCAUAAAGGGAAAGCAUCUCUAAGGAAGCUGCAGGCAAAUCUGUAAUGCCCCCAGUCAAAAGUGGCAAGAGAAAGAAUUCAUCCUCAGCUGGGAGAGAGCCAAGGCCCUUGAAAGGGUUCCUCUACACCCUGAGUUUGUGCCCCUUGCUAAGUGGUUGUUUUUCUCUCUUUCACUUCCGCCCUCACCUCAGCGAUCUUUCUCCCUAAGCCUAGGUGAAAGGUGGGACUGGCUGGAGAGUACGGUGCCUCUAAUGGUGUGGCGAUGCCGUCUUUGGUAAAUGGGGCUGCUGUUGUCUUUUCUCUCACCUCUUGUUCUGGGUCACAAAUCUGAUACAGUGAUGGACAGCUGGCUGGGUAUCUGCUGCUUUGUCUUGUAUACUCACAACACUGUGGUCUGGUAGCCCUGGGCCAGGCCAUCUGCACAGCUCAGCCCUUUGCCUGAUUGUGAGAAGAUAACACACCAGGGUGGGAAUGGAGUUGGGUGUGGCCGAUGAAGUUUAGGUUCAGUCUGUCUUCUUAUCCAUUCCUAAGUUGUUAGAAGGGUCUUAAGGGAAAUGGUGAAGGGAACUCAUAUCUGGGAGCUGUCUGGCACUUAGUAGGGCCCUGGGCAGGAGGCACACACCUCUGUCAAACUCACUGCAUGCUACUUGAUUCUAGGCUGUAGCUGACGAGGGCUGAGUUGAUCCUUUUUAGGGCUUCCUUGUCCUGAGGCAAGGUUCCCGGGUGAUCUUGAAUUUGUUGUGUAGCUAAGAGGAUGGCUCCUCACCUCUCCGUCUCCCUGUCCCAAGUACUGGGAUUUCAGGUGUGGACUACCACACACAGUGCACACUUGUGUUGAAUUCACCCUGUGAUGAAUUCUGAGACCAUCGCUUGCAAUACCUUCCACCGCCUGUUUCCUGUGUAGCCCAGUCUGGUCAGUGACGGCAUCAACCACGUUCAAUCUGAAGCCCAGUUUCCUGCCUACGCCUACUUCUUCUCUGCGUAUAAUCUUCUGUGAGUUUGUGGAACUGACCAUACAUUUUCCCCUUUUCCUGAGCUGAAAAGACCAACCAGAAAGUGUGUGCUUGUGGCUUCUGUCUCCACCCACAAGUGAAUGCUUCUGACAGCAGAUUCCCCAAUAACUUCUCUGAAAGAUGAGCCAAGCUGUCUUCCCACUGGGUGGUGCUGGUGCUGAUGUUGCUUCGGCAUCUGUGGGUUCAGAAUCUGCAGAGGAGGUGCUGCCAUCCCCCCUUCCACCAUGCAGAUCGAAUCAGGGAGCCUAAGGGUGUGAGCCUUGUUGACCUGUUAUACUGUGUAAAUUCUGACAUAGGUAUUUCGGGGGGGAAAAUGUUAACGUAUUAAGGGUGGGAAGUCUCCUGUAACUUCCUUUGAUGAAGUUUCCCUUUUACGUGUCCUGGCAGUCGGCCCCACUCAUGGUUCGUUAUGUAAUGAAGAACGCUGAUUCUUGUAUGUUGUCUCUAAGCUUUAGUUGGUCAGAUUGUCUCGCACAGGCAGUGAAGAGAUACGAUGCCCUUUUGAACUGGUCACUCUCGGGCUGUUUCUACACUAUGCUAGCAGAACAAGGUACUGGGAAGAAUGUCAGAUUGCUACCCAACUUCCUAGCCAACACAUGAUGAGACCCAGAGGAAAACAUUUAAGUGUCUUGAGUACGUAUUCCGUUCUCAAACACUGUUGCUAGUUGCUUCUGGUUCAGUACAUUCAGAAUUCCUUUCCCAUCCCCAGCAAGUCCCUGUGGAUCUCUGGUUAAAUUAUCAUCAGGCAUUUAAAGAGGCAUCUGCAUAAUAAUUGCCCAGAGAUGUUUUCUCUCUGGGAAGUGAGCCAAGGAAUAAACCUUGAAGCAAAGUGUAUUAAAUUAGUUAUCUGGUUAGGCCUUUUGGAAAGGUUUCCUAUGCUGCGUGGGGACCAGAGCUGGAGUUGUCAGGGCCAAUGCAUUGCCGCAGUUUGGAUUUGAAGGAGGGGAAUUAAAACAGGAGGCAGUAAGACAUCCCACCUCACAGCAGAGCAGUGGACUGCUCGCCUGCCCGCCUUUUGAGGGUUGCCAGUGCUACCACUGUCUCUUUUACUUACACUCAUCUGCCUACGUCCACCUUUGUCCUGGUUCAGAGGCCUCUGCAUCCUGACUGCUUAACAUGGUGUCUGCAUUCCCUAGAGUGUGAGCUGCAUUAAAGGUGAAGUAGCUGAGGACUGUCUGGCUGAGCUGUGGCUGGUUUCCUGGGGCUCUGAGGUAAUCUCAGGUGGAAUCCCAGGGGCCUGCACAUCUGCAUAUGCUCCUUCUUCAGUAACAGGUAGAGGAGAGAACAGUGUUAGGCAUGCAGGUCACUUUAUAGAGGUGAAGACAAGUGGGUUCCUCUGCUCACUUGGAGAUGAGCCACAGAUACUAGGGAUGCUGAGGGCAUCUCACAUGGACUGCUUCGAGUAUCUCUGAUUUAAUGUGCUUACUUUGAGAGACUUUUACUGCCAUGAGAAAGGGAUUACUCCUGGUUAGAAGCAAGCUGUCAUCCCAUCCCCUCAAGGCCCACCCGAGUCUUGGCCUCUCUCAUCGACCUCCAUUUCAGGACAUGGUCCUCAUGGGACACAACCACCAGCUUCUAGGCUGCUAUACCCUGCCCGCUCCCAACUUCUGCCUUCAGCUACUACCGCUUGUAGUUAGCAUUUUCCUAUCUUCUCUAGUUUAACGUAGAUUGGCCAUUGGAAAUUCUGUAGUGAAUCUCCAGACUGACUGAAUACAUAAUAAUCGUUUCUUCCCCAAUUCAGGAAGGAUGUAAUGCCAUUUGUCUUUUCUACCAACUAAGCUGGUGGACACAGAACUGGUUCUUUCUGACCCUGCUACCUAGCUGUGCUGGCCUUGUAUCUGGUCGGGCUGGGAGGUGCCCCUGAAUGCUGACAGGCUAGCUUGAGAGACCGUUGCUGUGUAGUCUUCCAUCCCUUCCUGUAAGCUCAGGCCAGGCGCUAUCAACGACCACGAGUCUCAGGCUAUAAGCGCCCUGUGCCUUCUGAGCUCUCCCAUUUCUAGUGGCAUGUCUGAUGGAGAGAGCGAAUUUAGUUAACUGAUUUCUUUUUUGGAGAUGUGCCAGUUACUUCAGGUAGAGAGGUAAGAAUUCCGGGACAUUCUAGAAUAAACUCAAGGAACAUGAUUAGCCCCGCCCCCUGCUCGUAAUAAUUUAUUCACGUCUUCUCAGUAUUAGGAAUGAGCUGUCCACGGAUUGCCAGGUCACUGCCGUUGGGCCCCAAAGAUUCUGCUGCUGCUGCUUCUUGUUGGGGCUCUAGCCAAGCGGCCGCCAAGUUCUCAUUCAGUGUUCUGUCUCCAAGAAUGGCUCACUCAGCUUCUUGCAGAGAGCUUUGGGUCUUCUAAGGGAAAUGGCACAUUCCCCAGUGACCUAUGACUUGAUGAGUGACAGAUGUUGGCUCUGGAGUGUGGAGUCAGUCACAGUUAGCCCCGGAGGGUUAUUACAGCCUGAGCGUAGAGGAUGAAUCGGACUGGCCUUCACCUCGCUUCUGAGUCCUUUGGUGGCAAAUCACCUUUCUGGGGACAUCUGCUGAAUAUACUAUCCACAUGUCUGGGGAGACGGUGAGGGUGUGCUCAGUACAUGUUGCCAACACAGCUUAUCCAGAUGUCAGUUAUCUCAGGGAGCUGGGACACUGGUCCAGCAGCUUGUCCACAUUGAUCCUCUCUUCCCUGUUCGCAGCUUUUCAUUUCCAUUAUAACCUUAGGGGAAUUGAAUGUUACACCCGGUGUGUCCAGUCCUUCAUAGCCUUUGCCGAUUAACACAGUACAUCAGCUUUCUCGGACUCUCACUGACUUGUUCCCGUUAGCCUGCUCAUGACCGGGCACUAGGGAUCCGGCACCCUUCAGUCUCAUAGAUGGAUAACGUACUGCUGUUUGGAGAUCAGUUCUUGCUGUCCGGAGCAGCUUCCUCAUUUUAGAGAUAAAUUAAAGGGCAUUUGGUUGUCUGGCAGGAGGGUUGGAGCCAAUGCCAGCCUAAACAUGGCUCACUGCUGCAUGGAAAGAGACUCUUCUGUUAUGCUCUUGUCAGCAGGAACAUCAUUCCUUAAAAGCACUCAGAGCUUGUCCAGAGACAGUGGGGAGAGGCUAGAUCACCCCUGAAUUUCUUACCCAGAAUUCUUCGGGCAUAUACUUUUUUGAGCCCUGCAGUGAUAUCAGAAUUGGAAACUAUGAUGCAGCACCCCAGGGAAGACUGUGAUCCAGCCUUGGAAUCUACUUCUCCUGGGCUCCUUACUUGCUACCUGUAUUGGGUUGUGACACGUGGUCUUUGCAUCUGGACAGUUGCUCUGGAGCCUCCUUGCCCGGUACCGUGUGCUUGUGAGCAGAGAGUUCUGCCCAUGCAUGCUACCUCCUUGCUCAGCAUUCGCAAUUUCUCUUGCUUGUGAAUGCCUGUGCAAGUCACUUUGUCUACCCAGAAUUCCUUGCUUGCUCACUUGCUUUCCAGAUGAGCUCUCUGCAGCUCACAUUUUAUUUUACUCUACCUGUCCACAAGGCUCCUACAAAAGUUACAUCUGGCAAAAAGGACCAUGGUCUCAAACAUCUCUAAAACGUCCACGGAUGGAUUCUUAAUUUAAGAAACAGUGGUUCCACGGCUCCGGGGGGGCGUGGGGGGGGGAGAGGAUCUGGCAAAUGAGUGUCCAAAAUGAAGUGGAUAGAAGGCUUCUCACAACCAGGCCUUCAUCCUGAGGGGCAACACUGUCCCUCAGUACCAGAAGAGAGAAAAAAGGACGGAUAUUAGUGUGACUAGAAAUAAUGGCAGCAGACUUCCCGUUUAUUUCCAGGUGCCCCUAACAGGCUUUUGGGUGAGAGCGCUGGUGUGGUGACCUGCAGUCUAACCUCCUUCUGGCUUGCUGGACUGUCUGCUUCAGUCUCCCUGGUCAGCUGGUGGGACAGGCGCUCCCCAGGGAGCCCCACAGAGCUAUGAUUGAUAACUAAUGCAUGAUAGGAUAUCUCUCCAACCCCCUGCCUUGCUGAUUUUUUUCUUCCCCAACCUCUUCCUUCAGAGACACAAACUCUUUCCGGGUGGACAGCUCAGAGGAGAGAAGCUAAUCGUUUAGAUCGGAAAGGGUUUUUCCAUGCCUUGGGGUGGGACCUCACACUAAACCCUCAGGAAUGCUGAGUGUGGCCAGGUGGCUCAGGCAGGCGCUUGGCGUUCUUGGCAUUUCUCUGGGGCCUCCAGCCUCCCUCAGUGCAGUGUUAGCUAAUAAAUACCUUCAGUAUUGAACUGAAGAUUGUCCUUCGGAGCCAUUUUAUUUAGACUCAAAGGCUGUAAAGUUUUAUUACAAUUUCCUUUGAAGUUCCUUGCCACUAUUGGUAGUCCUAAAAUCCUUUAACCACAUUCUUUUAGAUACAAGCUUCCUUAGAGUGGAUUUCCACUGCAUGCCCUCCGCCCUCAGUGGUCAGCUGACCUGGCUAAGGGUUCCCUGGGGGAGGUUACAUAUGCAGAUGACAAUUGAAAGUGUAACCUUUUGUGACUUGUUACAUAAUAACUGGCUAGUUUGCUUCACUAGUCAGUCACUUCAUUCAGUGUUUUGAUGCUUGCUUUUGGUUGUUUCUGUCGGAUGUUGUGAGUUUUGGUUUCCUUCAAGAUAACUGACAUUUAAUAGUUUUUAUUUUGAAGUGAUGCAUAGACACCCCCACCCUCAGCUUAGAAACCAGCUUUCUUUAGGGUUCUUGGGUCAGCCCACAGAAGCCCUCAGACCUCCACCACAGCUGGAAUGCAGUGCUAUGUCAGAUGUGGUUGGCUUUUGUGGGCUGGCCUGGACAUGAGCUAGCACCCACUACGUUGUAAGCUAUUAAAAAAAGAAAAGCAUUCCAGGUUGGGACUCAGUGCCCAGUCCAUGCCAGCUGCUCACCCCUCAGCAGAGAUGGCUGUCACACUUCUCUCCUAGCAAACUGCACCUGGGGGCUGGGGAAGGGCAGAGGAGACAAGAGGACGACAUUCCUUCCUAAGUUACCGAUGGUCACAUUGACUGCUUUGGCAGAGACUCUCCGUCACAUGGAUAAUAUUAAAGCCCAAAUAAAGCAUGUACGCUGUCCCAGGAGCUGCUGUCUGUCAGUAACAAGCUUCUGCUCGUCAGCCUCUUCCACAGCUCUGAGGUACAGGGUGCUCACUUUUCACAGUAUUCUUUUGCACUGUCCCCUUUCUACAAAGUCUUAGAUAUUGAUCCUAGAGGAUUUUGUCUCUGUCCUUGUCGUUGCUGUAAACUGUUUCCUAUGUGCCUUUACAAAUGUGAGAUCUUUAUUCUAACCCCCCAACCUUUUUUUGUAAAAAAAAUAUAUAUCUAUUGAUUUCUACAUGCAAUAAACCUUGU